AUGCAUGAAUUUAAGCAUAGCCGACCGGGCCGAAGCAAACGUCGUCGACAGCAACGUCUGAUGAGCUUUUUUAGACGGUAUGAAGGUGUGCUCGAUCUGAGCGUGCCGGAAAACUUUCGGAAUGUUCAUCAACAGUGGUUGGAACGACGUCGACAAAAACGUGAACCAAUGGAAAUCGGACAGCUCCUUCCGUUUAUGGAUGACGUGAAUCCGGAAGUGUCACAGGUGUCUAUGCCAAAUGGAAAUUCGGUUAUCUCCGUUCCCUCGGGAUUGAUGCAAAGGACCGUCUCAGAUGAGUUCAAUCCGGUGUAG